UGGCAGGGGUUACUGAUUUUUUAUUUUUCUCUGGGGAGUGAAGGAAGAUGAAUACUCGAGCCAGGAGCAAUCUGCAGCCUAUGAAGGCUCCUGGGAAGCUUGAAAAAGAAAAAAUGGGAGUUCAGAGUAACAAGAGAAUGCACACAGAGAAACCAAUGAUAAAUCGGCGAAAAGCAACCAGAGAGAAGAAGAUGGCAUUGUUACAAGAUGUAGAUAAGCUAAAGAAGAAACUCAGGCAUGAAGAGAAUGUCCAUAGAGCUCUUGAGAGAGCAUUUACAAGACCUCUGGGAGCUCUACCUCGCUUGCCUCCUUAUCUUCCUUCAUCUACACUCGAGCUUUUGGCCGAGGUAGCUGUUUUGGAGGAAGAGGUUGUCCGGUUAGAAGAGCAAGUUGUGCAUUUCAGGCAAGGGCUAUACAAAGAAGCUGUUUAUAUUUCAUCUUCCAAGAGGAACAUGGACAAUUUGGCCGAGCAAUGUGACUCGUGCAAAAGUCCGAAACUAAAACAAACGAAGCUCUCGCCUCGAGUUGAAGCUCAUUCUGAUGAUGGUGUGUUGAAAGAAGAUCAAUCAUACCUUUCCUCGAAACAGAACCAAAAAUCGUCAAAUGUGAAUUCUCAAACUGUCAGGACUCCUGUGAAGAGACUUCCUAUUGAGAACAGACCGAUAGAGAAGCGAUUAGAUCCUCAGAAAAUUGUGGGUACAGAAGAGAGGAAUUCUGUCACUCAGGAUAGAAAAGCUUCAGGAGAUGACAGUCCAAACAAAAUUUCUGAGAAUAUCGUGAAAUGCUUAUUGAACGUUUUCUCUCGAAUGAGCUCCAAGAGGACAAGGAGCUCAGCAGAAACACUAUCUUCACUUCCAGCAAUCACUUUUUGUGAUAGUUCAGUAACUACACAGUUUAAGGACCCAUAUGCCAUCUCUUUAAAGUUUGGAAAACGAGAUAUCGGUCCAUAUAAGCAUUUAUUUGCAGUCGAAGCUCCCUCCAUCAAUCCAAAUCGGUCAACAGUAUCUGUAUUCCUAGUUCGCAGAUUGAAACUCCUUCUCGAGAAACUUGAAUCAGUAAAACUUAAGGGUCUCACCCACCAGCAGAAGCUCGCUUUUUGGAUUAACAUCUAUAAUUCAUGCAUGAUGAAUGCGUUUUUAGAAAAUGGAAUUCCAGAGAGUCCCGAAAUGGUGGUGGCCUUAAUGCAAAAGGCGACGAUUAAUGUUGGGGGGCACUUGCUUAAUGCCAUAACCAUUGAACAUUUCAUUCUGAGGCUGCCUUAUCACUCGAAAUUUACCUUCGAAAAGGGUAUAAAAAACGAUGAGAUGACAGCACGGAGUAUCUUCGGGCUCGAGUUCUCUGAACCGCUAGUGACCUUUGCCCUCUCGUGUGGAAGUUGGUCAUCUCCUGCUGUGAGAGUAUAUACUGCAUCGAAGAUUGAAACCGAGCUAGAAGUAGCAAAACGAGAGUACUUGCAGGCAGCCAUUGGGAUUUCGAGUGCCAAGAAAACGGUAGCAAUACCAAAGCUGUUGGAUUGGUAUCUGCUAGAUUUCGCGAAGGAUUUGGAGUCAUUGCUCGAUUGGAUAUGCCUUCAACUACCCAGCGAGCUGGGAAAAGAAGCCCUCAGCUGCCUCGAGAGAGGAAACAACGAGCCACUUUCCCAGGUUCUCGAAAUCAUACCAUAUGAAUUCAGUUUCAGGUACCUGCUAUGCAUGUAAAUUUCGGGUUUUUCUUUAGUCUUUUUCACCACACAGUUCAAUGGUUUUCGAGUCACAGGUCGAAAUAGAGCUAGCACUAUAGAUACAUAUAGAGAUUGAAGUGUAUAUUCUCCUUCUGAGUAAAUUUUUGCUCUCUUCCACAAUCAAAUCAGCAGCUUGGCAUAUUUUAUGUAACAAUCAUAUCUGUCAUGAUUGGCAUAUAUUAGUAAUAGGGGUUUGAAAGAUUGGUUCUUGGUUUUUCCUGCCAUGAUUAAUAAAAUGCUUGGUGGGGUUUGAAUGGA